CGUGCAAGCUCGGAAAUUUCCGCAGCAAAUAAAUCUUGGUUUACCGCUCGGCAGCGGCUUGCGGCUUGGAUUCAGCAGGCCGUGUUGUCUCUAGCGCGUUCCAUUUACCAUAAACAUGGCGUCCGACUCUGAAAAUGAAUCGUCCGGUGCGGAGGAAGUCGUGACAACAACGAGGAGGACGAGGAGCACCCGAUCGAGUCGCGGCGCCGGCAAAAACACUCCAGCGUCGCCACCCAAGCCCAGAGGCCGCGGACGCGGAGGCGGCCGCAGAGGAAAGGGACGGGGUCGCGGAAAGGCGGCAAAACCGGCAGAAACAGAGUCCGAGGAGGAGCCCAGCGACUCGGAGGGCUGCAAGGCCAACGGGGUCGAGCCGGCAGUGAAAGAGGAAGAAGAGUCGGCAGAAGAGCCCAAGGCUGAGCAAGAGCCGGACAAGCCAGAGUCGGUAAGUUCUGAGCCUCCUGACGAACUCGCGACCAAAGUCGAGCAGGCGGAAGAAGAGCCUGUGAAACAGCACGACGAGGAGGAGAUUAUUAAAGAGGUUAUUACAGAGGAUAAGGAAGAGGAAGUAGUAGUGCCAUUAGUCGAGGAAAAGGUCGUUGAAGAAGAAAAGGAGCAGCCGAUGGAGACGGAAGAGACUGCCCCCACGCAGCCCGUGGAGGAGCAGCCUGUGCAGGAGGACAAGAUGGAAGAGCACGUGCUUGAUGAGGGCAAGGAGGACAAGGCCGAAAAGCGGAAGCGCAGGGGCUUCUCUGACAAUCCCCCGGACGAGGUGGAACAGCCACCGAAAAAGAGCAAAGAUGUGAACGGUGAAGCUGCGGUUGCCGCGAAGGAGGAGGAAAGAAAGAAAAGACUUCCAGAGCUUGAAAAGUACUGGAAGGCGGUGAAAGAUGACAGCGCUGACUUCACCGGUUGGACUUACCUGCUGCAGUAUGUUGACCAAGAAUCUGACGCGGAGGCUGCGCGCGAGGCGUACAACGCGUUCCUGAGUCUGUACCCGUACUGCUACGGCUACUGGCGCAAGUACGCCGACUACGAGAAGAAAAAGGGCGACGCGGUGCUGAGCGACAAGGUUUUUGAAAGAGGUCUCAAGGCAAUUCCACUCAGUGUGGACCUGUGGCUGCAUUACCUCAACCACUGCAAGACCAAAGAACCCGCGGACCCCGAUUUUGUCCGCACGCAGUACGAGCAGGCCUUGCACACCUGUGGAAUGGAGUUCAGGUCAGACCGUCUUUGGGAAAGCUACCUGAAGUGGGAGACGGAGCAGAAGAACUGGCACAACAUCCUGUCCAUCUACGACCGACUCUUGGCAACCCCUACUCAGGGUUACACGACCCAUUUCGACAGUUUUGAAGCUUUUGCCAAAGAGCAUCCACCGCAGAAGCUGCUCUCGGUCGACGAGUUCCUGGAGCUGCGCAAGGAGUGGCUGUCGAGUGGCAAGGGCGGCGAAGAGGGCGACGACAUCGAGGAGAGGCAGAAGGAGGAAGUGGCGGCGCUGCGAGACAAGCUGGUCGAGCUGCGAAAGGCGACGCACAAGGCCACCGUCAAGGCCGUCGCUGACCGCUGGGCCUUCGAGGAAGCAAUCAAACGGCCUUACUUCCACGUGAAACCCCUGGAGAAGGGACAACUAAAGAACUGGAAGGACUACCUGGACUAUGAAAUUGAGCAGGGAGACAAAAGGAGAGUGAUCGUUUUGUUUGAGAGGUGUUUGAUCGCCUGUGCUCUGUACGACGAGUACUGGAUCAAGUUUUUAGACUACUUGGAGGGCCAAAAGGAUGAGAGCCUGAUGGCGAAAAUCAGUGACGUCUACGAGAGAGCGUGCACAAUCCAUCAUCCCAAAAAACCCGCCUUGCAACUCCGCUGGGCCGCGUUCGAAGAAGGCCGAGGUCGGCUUGACAGCGCGUGUGAGAUUUUGGAGGGGCUGGACAAGCGUCUGCCAAACACGCUGCAGGUGGCCUACCAGCGCAUCAACCUGGAGCGGCGACGUGGUUGCCUGGACAAGGCGGCGGCCCUCUACGACAACUACAUGAGCAGUUACAAGAAUGUGACAAUCGCCAGCGCCAUCGCGGUCAAGUUUGCGCGUUUCCUCUGCAAGUUGCGCGACGACCCUGAAGCGGCACAGGCCGUGCUCAACCGGGCCCUCGAGAAGGACAAGACCAACAGCCGGCUCUUCCUCAACCUCAUCGACAUUCACAUGAGCAGGUGUCCGGUGGAGGUGGAGGCUGUGGUGGGCGUAAUGGACCGUUUCCUUUCGUCGGCGGACGCGCCAGCCCAGCAAAAGCACGUUUUCGCGCAGAGGAAACUUGAGUUGCUCGAGGACUUUGGCUCGGACAUCGCGUCCGUAUUCAAGGCGAAGGACGAGGUGGCCGUUUGGCAGAAGGCCGCGAAGGAGGCCAAGAAGGAGCCCAAGGAGGACGGUGGCAGGGACGGAGGCGGCGGGGGCGGCGCGUCAAUGGCCAAGAAGCCCAAGAGCGAGUACAACAGCCAGUCUGCAGCCGCUGCGGCGGCGGCCGCGGCGGCGGCCGGCUACGGCGGCCAGCAGGCCUACAACUACCAGAACUACCCGCAGGGCGGCUACUACGGCCAAGGCGAUUACUACAACUGGCAGCAGCAGUACGGUGGCGGCUACGGCGCCAACCAGGGCUGGGGUGGCGGCGGCGGCGGUGGAGGUGGCAGCUACAACAGCUACUACUGACCACCGCACCAUCCACCAUUCCCCCGCAUUUUAACUCUUUCCUUUCACUCUCUGUUUUAGAUGUACGCUUCAUUCAAAUAUAAAUUCAAGUUUGUCUAAA